AUGGCAGGGGAGAACGACAUAGAGGCGGCUCACCUUGCUGGAGGCUCGAGUGGUUCCGGGGCAGACAUACUGCGUCGGUUGGUGUGUGCCGUGGCGUCCCGCGGCGUGACCCCGGCGGGCACGGACGGGUCCGGGCCGCCCGCGCCGCCCCGACACGACCCCGACCCACAGCUCUCUACUGCCGCGCAUACUGACAUGCUACUACUCAAUCUCAUGCGCAUCAACGGACUCACGCCCAAACACUCGCGGCAUGGUGGCAGUAAGCGACAGUGGAGCAGCAGUGCGGGCGGGUCGGAGUGCGGCGGGGGCGCCACGCGGCGCGGCAGCGGGGGCGCGCGGCCCCGCACGCGGCCCGCCACGUCGCCCGCCGCGCCCCGCCAGCGCCGCGCGCCGCCCCUGUCGCCCGGACAACUGCGACACCGCGACACUAGGCACCCCGCCACAUCGUGCUUGGGGCUAAGCUUCACGUCGACUCCCCCGGGGACCCCGGAGCGCUCCGCGCUGUCCCCCGUGUCCUCGCUGGCCCUGCACGACUACUGGCCGUCGGUGUCCUCGGUCAGCGACGCGGACGACGUGGAGGCCGUCCUCGAUUACAACGACACGUUGUUCGACAUGUUGCUGAACAGCCUGGCUAUAGACGGCGCGGCGGGCGAGGCGCUGGGCGCGGAGGCCCGGCCGCCCACGCCGCCCGUGCAGCCGUGGAGCCCGGCCGCCGCGCCGCCCGCGCCCGCGCAGCCCCCCGACCGCGCGGAUUGACCGCAGCGCGCCCGGGCCCACCACCAUCACCGCUACCGCCGCGAGUACCAUCACUAAACUACCGGUGUACACGCGCCCCCCUGGCGCCAGCGCGCCGCCUGCCUGGCGCCAGGGUAGCGGUGUCCCCGCCGCACCCGACCCUCGCUCGCCGUCGAAGUCGCGGCUGACGUCCCGUGACGUAGUGGGCCGGCGCCGAAUGUAUCGACAGGCAGGCCGCCUCCCCGGCCGCUCCCAGUGGCUCUCCGGUCGCUCCCAGUAGCUCCUCGGUCGCUCCCCGUCGCUCCCCGCGCUCUAUCUUAUGUUCCUCCGAGUGGUGGAUCUGAGCUCGCCUCUCAGUUCUAGGAACGUUUUAUUAGAUUUAAUUUGGCACGAUUAUACUCUUUAUGAUAUUUGAGUGUGCCACCUCUUAAGUUUUUUGAGGGAUUCGUGUCUCCUCGUCACUUAGGUAGUUAGAUAACCACGUAUAAAAAGUACGGGCAUUAGGUAAAAGACUCAAAAUUGAAACGAUCUCUUUAUAUUUAUUUUUUUAGUAAUUAUUAAUGUUUAUCAGUACAAUUUAUUACUAGGGUGAAACGAGUCUGAUUCGCCCGCUAAAAUAUUAAAGUGCUAUUUUUUUUCUAUGAUAUGAAAUAUUUUUGUAAUUCCCAACCUCGUCAUUGUCCUAAAACGCUUGCUAGAAUUUGCAUUUACUUUAAAAGUCUGUUUACUAAGAACUAUAUCCCAAUCUCAGCUCACUAAGCGCUUGCUAUCAUGCCGGGAGUAAUAUAUCCCCUCGACUGUCGAUCGACCAUCUCCUGGUCGAUAUCUAAUCGUGCUCAUCUGUCGGACGCCAGCUGCUGGUCGAUCGUUGCCGCCGUAU